UAGACAUUGCCGCAAUUUCGCGGCAGAAGAAGAAAUGGCAAAGAAGCGAGCGAGAGAAGCCGACGGCGCUGCCGAGGCGCCCGAUAAGAUGGUCGAAGACGGCGAUAGCUCCGAUGACGACGAUUUCGAUAUGGUUAACGUCGACUUCGAAUGGUUCAACUUCGACCCGGAGAUCGACUUCCACGGCACGAAAUCCCUGCUGCGCCAGCUCUUCGACGUGGACGCGGCCCUGUUCGACAUCUCGGGGCUCGCCGACCUGGUCCUGUCGCAGCCGACGAUCGGGUCGACGGUCAAGGUCGACGGCAAGGAGACGGACGCCUACGCCUUCCUCACCGCGCUCAACCUGCACGAGCACCGCGAGAAGAAGCCCGUCGCCGACCUCACGCGGUACCUCAGCGAAAAGGCCCAGACGAACGAGGCCCUCGCCGCGAUCCCGGACCUGCUAGCCUCGGGGAAACACGUCGGGCUCGUGCUCUCGGAGCGCCUGAUCAACAUGCCCUCCGAGAUCGCGCCGCCGAUGUACAGCAUGCUCGUCGAUGAGAUCGAGGCCGCGGUGGAGGACAAGGAGCCCUACGAGUUCUCGCACUACCUCAUCGUCUCCAAGACGUACCACGAGGUCGAGUCGACGCUCGACGUCGAGGAGAGGAAGCGCAAGAAGGGAAAGCAAGACGCGACCAUGUUCUACUUCCACCCGGAGGACGAGGUGUUGCAAAAACACGCCGUGGCCAGCGGCAGCUACGACUACACCAAGAUGGACGAGGCCAUCGCAGAUAGCAAGCGGGCGUUUCAAGAGAUGGGUAUCAUGCCGCGUGGUUUCAUGAUAUUAAUCGAGGCUAGUAAAUUCGCAGGUGCCGCGAAAGCUAUAAGCGAGUAUCUAAGUCCGCCAUCUUGAAAAAAAGAAAAAAGAAAAAAAAGAAAAACCAGCAAUAAUGACAUAACACACACACGACCUUUUUAUCUAGCUUUCCGUAUCUAUAUUCCGUGAUUUGUCUAGUCUAGCCGUUGCAUCAGAUAUUCCACCUCCACCUCUUUCGUCAACGGGAUGACAAAGUCCCUGUACAUGGAGACCACUGCGUCGACAUUAAUCUUGCGGUUAUCCUCGGAGUCGUUUGUAGAUGGAUCCGUGCCGUAGGUGCGCGCCUUCAAUCCUAGUCGCGCCAGAACC